UAUAUUGUAUGUUUCUUCGUAGUUGCAUGUUGCAAAUUUUCGCGAUUUUCUCGCAUUUUCCGGGCGCUUUUCCUGUCCGGGUGUGGUUUUUUGGGGCCCUGCGAAUGUAGGGCGUCGAAAGGCAUCAAAAUCGGGGAAAAAUCAAAAUUAUUUAAUUUUAUUUUUGGAGAAAAAGAGAAAGAUAGUUUCGAAACUUUGUGACAUCUCGCUCUCACACUGACAAUUUUUCCGUGGGAGUGAGACGCAUUGCUGCAAAAUCCUCGUUACCUCUCGCUCACACUUUCUGUUUUUCACGAUUUUCUCGCAUUUUCCGCCGAAUUUUCCAUCCGGGUGUGGUUUUUCGAGCGUAGGAGGCGACGUAGCGUCGUUUGGCAUCAAAAACGCAGAAAAUUCAAAUUUUGCCGAAAAAAAAAUUUUCCCAGAGUGUAAAAAGCCAAAAAACGAAAUAGCAACAGUAACAGUUCCUCUCACUCGCACAUCGUCAAUUCAGUCAGCGUGUAUCGUAUGUGCACAGGAAUGUUUCGAUGCAAGCUGAUUCAGUCGACGGUGUUCAGGAAAAACGUGAUUUCGCAAUUUUCCCCAAUUUCCUGUGAAUUUUGUGAGAUUUUUAGUGAAAUUCCUCUCCAAUGGAGGGACAAUUUAGUGACGCGGAAGAGGAAGUGUCAAACCUGACGGCAGAAUUGACAAUUGAGAGUGAAAUCUUCAAGAAUCUUCCGGAAGAUGAUCUCCCGCCAGAGGAGGAGGGUGAGGAGGAUGACUACAGUGAUCUGGAGGAGGAUGAGCACAACUUUGACGCCUACGACGAUCACGGAAUGCUCAAACAGUCGUCAGGGAUGAAUUCUCAGACAGCCCCAACGCGUCUCAGUAGCUUCCAACCCAAUCAGAGUGUCCUGUCCAAGUACUCCUCCCGCAUGCACAUGGGUAACUACGAGGGUCAGGAAGUAAAGAAGGUCCUGGAUCGCAGUGAUCGUCGUCAGGAGGCAGAACGCACGAGGAUGAAGGAUAAAAGUGAUCGCGCCACUGUGGACAAAGUUCUGGACGACAGGACACGAAUGGUGCUGUUUAAGCUGUUCCAGCAGGAGAAGCUGGAGAAGAUUGCGGGGAAUAUCAAGGAGGGCAAGGAAGCCAACGUGUACCUGGCCUUCAGCAGCACCUACAAGUACGACACAGUCGCCGUGAAGGUCUUCAAGACGUCCAUUCUGGACUUUAAGGAUCGCCACAAGUACAUUGCGGAUGAAUUUCGCUUCAGGCAGGGAUACGCCAGGAGGAAUCCCCGGAAAAUGGUUCGCCUGUGGGCUGAGAAGGAAAAACGCAACCUGGAGCGAAUGAUGAAGGCAAAUCUCCCGGUUCCAACACCCCUGGAGAUCCGAGAGAAUGUCCUGGUGAUGGAAUUCAUUGGGACAAAGUACCAGGCGGCUCCACGCUUGGCACAGAUCACACCGAGCCAGUCAAAGGCCCGGACUUUCUACUAUGAUCUCGUGAAUCACAUGUGGGAUAUGUACAACAUUUGUCGUCUUGUCCAUGCGGAUUUGUCUGAAUUCAAUCUCCUCGUUCAUCGUGAAAGGCUUGUGAUCAUUGAUGUGUCACAAUCCGUGGAGCACGAUCAUCCCAAUGCGUUGGAAUUCCUUCGACGUGACUGCAGGGAAGUGACAAAGUUCUUCCGGAAGCACGGAGUGGCUGUGAUGACGGUGCAGGAGCUAUUCCACUUCAUCACGGAUCCCACGGUGACAGAGGCGAAUAAGCACGACUACCUGGAGGAGAUGCUACAGAAGAUUGCCAACAGGAGUCUCGAUGAUCUGCCGGAUGAGGAGAAAGUUCAGGAGGAAGUCUUCCAGAAUGUCUUCAUCCCGAAGCGCCUGGAUGAGGUUGUUCACUAUGAACGUGAUAUUAGGAGAGCAAAAGCCGGAGAGGGGGAUCAGCUGCUCUAUAAAACCAUCACAGGUUUGUCCGCAACGUUGGAAGUUAAAAAUGUUCCGGAUAUCCUGAAACGGGACACAGAGGAUGCGGAUUCAUCGGAAUUCAGCGAUGAUCACGAUGAUUACGAUGAGGAGGAUGAUGAAUCAAAAUUCAAAAAUAGCGCCAGACCACGAGAUGAGUCCCCGGAGAGCAAGAAAGCCCGGAAAAAAGCCGUUAAGGAUGCAAAGGCAGAGAAGAGGAAGACAAAAGUCCCGAAGCACGUAAAGAAGAGGAAGGAGAAGAUUGCACAGAAGAAAUAAAUCCCAUUUUUUGUCUU